ACUGCAAUUCGAUGAAUUACAAAUCAAACGUGUUCAGACUGUUUAAGAUGGAUCGACUAAGAGCGAGAAGUAUCCCAUCAAGCAAAACCAAACACCCUCAACUCGACAUUUCUCUUCGAUAUCUUUACUUCAAUCAUAACCCCUAACACACAUUAUGUCAUCAAAUACUUCUUCCUCCGAUUUCCAGGGCUGGGUAGCUCAUGACCCUUCUGCAGCUGAUGGCAACAUGCAAUGGGGCUCUUAUACGCCCAAGUCCUUCACAGAGACUGACAUCGAGAUGCAAAUAUCUCACAGCGGAGUCUGUGGCUCUGACAUUCACACCCUCCGUUCCGGCUGGGGACCUUCGAACUAUCCUCUCGUCGUCGGCCACGAGAUCAUUGGUAAAGUGUCUCGUGUAGGCAAAGACGUUAAGGAUUUGAAGGUCGGUGACCGCGUUGGUGUUGGUGCGCAGAGCGACUGCUGCGAAUCGUGCAAGCCCUGCAAGAUGCAGCAAGAAUCCAACUGUAGUUCCAAUACUGGAACCUAUAACUCCAAGUACGCAAACGGCGACAAAUCUUACGGCGGUUACGCCAAGGCAUGGCGCGGACCUGCUGCAUUCGCGAUCCCUAUCCCGGAGGGUCUGCCAUCAGAGUUCGCGGCGCCUCUCAUGUGCGGAGGUGUAACGGUCUACAACCCUCUUGUCACUUAUGGAGCCGGCCCCGGAAUGCGCGUGGGUGUCGUCGGUGUAGGUGGCCUUGGUCACUUCGGUCUUCUCUUUGCGAAGGCCCUUAACUGCGACAAAGUCGUGGCUAUCUCCCGUUCGUCCAGCAAGAAGGCCGACGCCCUCGAACUCGGCGCCGACGAGUUCAUCGCCACAGGAGAAGACGCUGAAUGGAUGAACAAGAACGCAGGUUCCCUUGAUCUCAUCAUCUCCACCGUCUCCGGCUCCUUCCCGCUCGACCAGUACCUCAACCUCCUCGACGUUAACGGCACGUUCGUGCAGCUUGGUGCUCCUGAGGACAAACUGCCCAGCUUCUCGCCCUUUGCCUUGAUCCUCAGGAACCUGAAGAUCGCAGGUAGUCUGAUUGGAACCAGACAGCAGAUCAGGGAUAUGUUGGAAUUGGCGAAGAAGACAAAUUUGCAGGCUUGGGUUCAGGUUAGGCCUAUGGAGGAGGCUAACCAGGUGCUGAUUGAUUUCGAGAAGGGUCUGCCGAGGUAUCGAUAUGUGCUGACGAACUAAGGUCAGCAUGGAGGAGAGAGUAUUUCGGAGCAAGCUGUGCGCAGGUUCGAUUCAAAAUCUUAUCACACAAACUAUGUAUCUAGGUAUACAGCACCUGAUGGUUGAUAUUAGCGAAUCCUAUAGCGAAAGAG